AUGGCGGCAUCAGCGGUGGCGGCAGGGGAGGCGAGAGCAAGGCUCGCCGAUGACCAGGUCGAGAAGCCAUCCAUCUACCUCGUGUCGGUGCACGGCGAGCCCUUGGCCGCGGCGUUCCAACGAGGGGUUGAUCGGAACGCGACGUGGUGCCGAGCACAGAAGAGGAGGGUGGUGCGGUUCCACGACCGCCUCCUCCGGCACGCCAUGGACGACGGCGGCGGCUCGUACUGCUGCCGGAAGCUUUACAGCUUCCACCACGCCGUCAACGGGUUCGCCGUCCACGCGACCGCCUCCCUGGCGGAGAGGCUGCGGGCGGCUCCGGAGGUGGCGACGGUGGAGGAGGACGUGGGCACGAGGCUCAUGACCACGUACACGCCGCGGCUCCUCGGCCUGCCCGACGGCGUGUGGCGGCACCGGGACGGCGGUGAAGGGGACGACGACGGGGAGGGGGUGGUGGUCGGGGUCGUCGACUCUGGCAUCGACCCCGCACACCCCAGCUUCGCGUACGUGCCACGGGCACCGGCUUAUCCGCCCGACGACGGCGAUGGGGCGGACGGCCGGCCGCCGUUCGCCGCCGGGGGUGCUUGCAGCGUCGGGCCCAUGUUCCCGCCUGGCGCGUGCAACGGCAAGAUCGUCACGGCGAGGUACUUCGCCGGUGGCGCGGCAGCGGUGCUCCCGCUCGACCCCUCACGCGACUUGUCGCCGUUCGACGCCGAGGGACACGGCAGCCACGUUGCUUCAAUAGCGGCGGGGAACCGAGGAGUGCCGGUGGUCGUCGGCGGUGCAAUGUACGGCUUCGCCAGCGGCAUGGCGCCAAGUGCAAGGUUAGCUGUGUACAAGGCCGUAUACCCUGCUGGAGGAACAAUGGCUGAUCUUAUCGCCGCCAUAGAUCAAGCAACCGGAGACAAGGUGGACGUGCUGGUACUGUCCAUCGGACCAGAUGAGCGUCCCAGCAGCAAAGUCACGUUCCUCAGCAUGCUGGACGUCGCUCUGCUGUCCGCCAGGAAAGCCGGCGUGUUUGUCGCUCAGGCUGCCGGCAACCGAGGGCCGGCCGAGUCCUCCGUCGUCUCCUACAGCCCGUGGGUGACGACUGUCGCCGCUAGCACCACCGGCCGGAGCUACACGUCGAGGCUGGUCCUUGGCGACGGUCGCCAUGUUCCGGGACUCGGCUUCUCAGCGCCGACGCUCCAGUACAGGCUCGUCGCGGCCAAGGACGCUGCGGCGCCGGACGCCGCCAGCAUGGAACGCGCGGAGGAAUGCCAGGACCCGGAGGCCCUGCGCUGGCGCGCCGGUGUUCUGCGAGGCAGCAUCGUCCUCUGCUCCUUCUCGCAGGGGUUCUACAACGGCACGUCGACGGUGACCGCCAUCCUCGACGUGGCGGAGGCUCUUGGAUUCGCCGGCUUCGUCCUCGCCGCCAGCGCGCUGUACGGCGACUUCCUCGCGCAGCCGCUCCCUCUCUGUGUCCCUGGCGUUAUGGUCCCCCGCGUCGCCGAUGCUCAGGUGAUGUGGUCGUACUACGCGGCGCACACGGUGUACGCGGGCGCCGUGACCGUGUUCGGCGCCACCGCGGCGAUCGCGGAGGGAAGGGUGGCCACGUUCGCCGACACGGCUCCGAUGGUGGCGCGGUACUCGUCACGGGGGCCGGACGUCGCCGACGGGGACUCGACGCCGGCGGACGUGCUCAAGCCGGACAUCCUCGCGCCCGGCGACCAGGUAUGGGCGGCCUGGAGCGCGCUCAGCGUCAACCAGCCAAUACUCGCCGGCGACCAUUUCGCGAUGAUCUCGGGCACCAGCAUGGCAGCGCCGCACAGCGGCGUCGCGGCGCUCGUCAAGCAGCGGCGCCCGUCGUGGGGGCCGGCGGCGAUCGCCUCCGCGCUCUCCACCACCGCGUCGAGGCACGACGAGCGCAAGCUCCCGAUCAUGUCGGAGGGCUUCGAAACCGGCUCGCUGCUCCCCGCGACGCCGUUCGACUACGGCGCAGGGUUCGUGAACCCCGCCGGCGCGCAGGACCCCGGGCUGGUCAUCGCGCCGGAGCCCGAGGACUACGUCGGCUUCCUCUGCUCCUUGCCGGAGCUCAGCCCCGACGAGGUCCAGGCAGCCACCGGCUUGGCGUGCCGGGCCCCGGCGCAGGCUUCUCCGGCAGACCUCAACGUGCCGUCCGUCACCGUGUCCGCGUUGCGGGGAUCCCUGUCCGUACGGCGCAGGGUGACGAGCGUGGUGAGCAACACGGAGACGUACCUCUGCUCCACGCUGCCACCGGCCGGCGUGGAGGUCGCCGUCCGGCCAGGGUGGUUCGAGGUGGCACCCGGGGAAACGCGGGAGCUGGUGGUCGAGCUCCGUGCGACCAGGGCGUCUGGGGCGUUCAGCUUCGGUGAGAUCGUUCUCACCGGGAGCUUGGACCACUUGGUGAGGCUGCCGCUGGCCGUGCGGCCCCUCGCGACGACAUGA